UAUCUAGCGAUCCGUUAUCUGUAUUAUGUUAUUUCGUCUUUGGCAACAUGAGCGCGAAUGUUUUUUGAAACCUGCCCGGCAACGGACAACUCUUACGUAAUCAGUUGUCCGUUGCCUGGCAACGGACAACUCUUACGUAAUCAGUUGUCCGUUGCAUGGCAACGGACAACUGUUGACGUGCCCGGUACAAAUUUGGCAGCCGGUACAAAUUUGGCAUGACAGCACCGCGACCGUGGCCACGGCACUCCCGCCGUGCCCUGUGAACGAAUGAAAAAAUGGCCUGGGAACCGUGGGCACCGCGGCCCGGGAACCGCGUGCACCGUGAGCGCGGCCACGGCACUCCAGCUUCUCCCGCCGUGCCCCGUCAAUAGGGACUUUAAGCAGCGACGGUAGAGGGACGGCUAAGGCGUCCGCGAACAUUCCAACGAGUUGCCGUAGUUGUGGUAAUCCACUAUCACUAAGCAACAUUGUAACUGUCAACGGCUACUUCUUGCAGACAUCUUUCUGUAUUUCGUAUUCUGUAUUCGUCCACCUGAUCCGACGUUAAAGGUUUUUUUAAACUAAAAGUAUCUAAAAGUAUUGUAUUAGGUCAUUAUGUCUCUUAAAAUGGCCCGAGAGCAUUUGAUAUUUGCGUUGGAUGACAACUUAAUUACGGACGAGGAGUUUGUAUUACUCUACGAAGAGAACCGGUCCAGCAAUUUAGACUUGCCAUACAACGAUUAUAGACCCUUUAAUCUGGUCAAAAUGAAGGACGAUGAAUGCCUUGCGGAGUUCCGGGUAAGAAAAGCAGACAUACCACUGCUGGUGGAGGCUCUCGGCAUACCCACCGAGUUCGUCUGCGAGCAGAGAAGUGUGGUGGAUGGCACAGAGGCGCUGUGCAUGUUACUGAAGAGGUUGGCAUACCCAUGCCGUUACAGCGACAUGAUGCAGCGAUUUGGGCAGCGACCAGUACCAGUCUUGUGUAUGGCAACGAAUUGCGUGCUGGAUUUCUUAUAUGAUAUUCACCAUCACAGAAUUACUGAGUGGAACAACAGUAUUUUGAAUCCAGUUGCUUUGCAAACAUAUGCGGACUGCAUCCAGCAGAUGGGCGCACCACUGGACAAUUGUUUUGGCUUUAUUGACGGCACAGUACGACCUAUCGCCAGACCGGGAUUAAACCAACGGGUGUUGUACAAUGGCCACAAAAGGGUACACAUCCUAAAAUUCCAGGCAGUUGCCAUCCCAAAUGGCCUAAUCGCCAAUCUGCAUGGUCGAGUAGAGGGAAGGAAACAUGAUUCUGGCCUUUUAGCAGACUCUGGUUUGCUACCUGUGCUGGAAGAGCAUGCAGUGUCCCCUGCGGGACAUCCAAUGUGCCUAUAUGGAGAUCCGGCAUAUCCACUGCGUGUCCACCUCCAGGCCCCAUUUAGAAAUGUCAAUCUCACUCCCCAGAUGAUGGCAUUCAACAAAGGCAUGAGUGAAGUGAGAGUGUCUGUAGAGUGGAUGUUUGGAGACAUCGCAAACUAUUUUAAGUUCAUGGACUUUAAGAAAAUUUUAAAAAUUGGGUUGAGUAGUGUAGGUAAACUGUACAUUGUAUCUGCUUUGUUACGAAAUGCACUCACUUGCCUGUAUGGUAAUCAAACAUCACAUUUUUUAAAAUUGGAUCCUCCACACAUUCGGGACUAUUUUGCAUGA